AACCUGCGUUGUUUGGGGUCGCUUCAGAGCGACCGCCCCGAUUCUCCUUUGCUUGAUGAAUUAUUACCUUGUGAUCAGUCCGGCUUGCACACGAACAAAGGGGGUUUGAUAGAUGUUGGAGAAAACCUGGAGAGCUGCUCGUUCCAGUUAGACGAGAGCAGGUGGGGUGAGGACGCCACAGUCAGAAACAGGACAUUUGUUUUGCGUUUUUCAAACAUGACAACUCCAAUCACUGCUCUCUCUUUGAAGCUGGUUACAGGUGCUGAACGCAGCCUGAGAAGCAGAUGGAAAGUUGUUUGACUUCUCUGACAGAUGGAAAAAUGAACCUGCGGGCUAAUAAACCCUGAUCAGUUGGCUAUUUUAAUCUGCCCCUCACCGUAGCCAGUUAUUCUGAUCACCCUCUCAUAGCACGCCCCACCAACUGAGUCUGGACCAGACCAUACCAACUCCAGCAUGAUGAGAGGGGGCUCUGCUGCUGCAUCAAGGCAGCUCUUGUAGCAUGAUCCUCUCUACCCAAUCAAAUAAGCACUCAUUCCCUGAAAGUGACACUUCUGUCGAGGUAAAAAGACCUCGCUCGGAUUCUUUUCUUUUUUUCCCUUUCAGCAUCAUCGUGUCUGGGGGGUUUCUGAGCCGCGUCUCCCUCCUUGUGCUUCUCCCACCAUUGGGCCAGCCAGCAGAGCGUGCUGAACAAAGCCACGAGAAAGGAGAGGGAGAGAAAGGGGGAGAGAGAGUGAGGGGAGCUUCUGGGGAAGAAAUGUCUCUCGCUGACUCUGUCGCCUCGACAACCGGAUAUCGGCGCAUGGAGCAGAUGAAGCUGCAGAGGUCAAGUUCAGCUUUAUAAAAGUGGACCGGGCAGGCCUGAACGCUCCACCUGUGAUUCCUGUGUGAUCAGCCUCAGGUGCCAGCAUGGAUGUGGAGGACGAGGCGCUGCUGUUUCGCACCAGCUGGGGUGACGAUGAGGAGGAAGAGGAGGAGGAGGAGGACGGGGUGGCGCACGCUGCGGGGCACGGCUGCUUGUCGGGGACUGCAGGGGGCUGUGGGCUGUGGAGGGGAGUGGGGUGGGUCUACACACAACCCUGGGCCAGCGGGGUGGUCCUUGGGGUGGCCUUCCUCAUGCCCUGCGCCCUGUUUGCCUACAUGCUGCUCUACUGCCCUCCUCUGGACAUAGACCUCUCCUACAGUGCCUUCGAGGUUCACAGCCACUUCUCAGCUGAACGCUUUGACGCUCUCACCAUCGCUGUGAAGACGCAGCUGGGGUCCUGGGACAGGCGCAGGCGGGACGUCGAUGAGUCUGAGUCUGGGGACCUCAAGGAGCUUCUCCUGGAGAAGCUGGCGGAGAGGGGAGUUUUCAACUGGACAGAGGGGGAGAAAGAGACGUCCUCCUUUCAAACAGGCAGCACUUUAACACCAGAAGAAGCCAGAGAAACGAGAACUGAGCCCGACCCGAGUCAGGAGGGGCUGAGGAGGGACAAGAGUCCUGGAGGCGAAGAGGAGCAGGGAUUAUGGGACAGGAACUCCUCCCUUCCGCUCAUCAGGAAGCGCAGAUUUGCUCCUAAUUACUACAUGCAGAGCCAGGCUCUGUGGAGGAUUGAGCUGGUGUUUGUGGCUCAGGGGAAAGGAGAGCGCAACAUCUUCACUCCGGAGCGCCUGGAGACCAUCCACCAUGUGGAACGUCUCCUCAUGCAGCAUCCGCAGUUUCAUCAGUUCUGCUGGAAACCCAUGGAGAUUUUAAGGGAUCUGCCUCUGGGGCCGUCCUACUGCUCCCCACCCAGCUCUCUUCUGUCUUACCUCUACCCCAGUGAGAGAGCGGGGAAGAUAUACUACGAUGGCAUAGGCCCAGAUCUGGCUGAUAUUCAAGGCUCCUUAAGUCUGGCCAUCACCCAUCCUCAGUUCUACUGGUACGUGGAUGAAAGUCUGUCCCCCGAGCGUCUCUCCUCGGCUCUCCUGCGCAGUGAGAUCCACUUCGGGGCUCCCCUGCCGUCUUUCUACUCCCUGCAGGACCGAGCAGACGAGCAGAGAGCUCGCUUCAAAAACUUUGUGGUUCAGUACGCAGGCAUGCUGGCCAAGCAGUCCACCAGUGAGGUGAAGGUGCUGUAUGGGGGGACGGAGCUGUUUGAUGAUGAGGUGAGACACACCUUUUACAACGAUAUGAUGUUGGCCGUCAUCAGCGGAGUCUGCAUCACUGUGCUCGUCUACAUCCUCACCUCGUUUUCUGUCUUUCUGACGUUCUUUGGACUCGCCGCCAUUGGGCUGAGCUGCUUGAUGGCUCUGUUUUUGUACCACGUUGUCUUCGGGGUGAGGUAUCUCGGCAUUCUCAACGGAGUCGCAGCGUUUGUUAUCAUUGGGAUUGGGGUGGACGAUGUGUUUGUGUUCAUCAGCACCUUCAGACAGGCCUCCCAUCUCCGUCGGCCCCGCGAGCGAAUGAUCUACACAAUAAAGACGGCCGGCCGGGCGACGUUCCUCACCUCCUUCACGACCGCGGCCGCCUACGCCGCCAACACCUUCUCUCAGAUCCCAGCCGUGCAUGACUUUGGCCUGUUCAUGGCCCUCAUUGUCAGCUGCGCCUGGCUUUGGGUGUCUGUCCUGAUGCCAGCAGCCCUGUGUAUCUGGACCCGGCAUGUGGAGCCUCACGAACACGACUGGAUGAACUGCGUGAAGCUGCUUUUGGGCUUGUCAGCGAGCUACAGCCCUCUGUCAGACGAGGAUGAUGAUGUGGCACUUCUGUCGGUGGACAUGGAGCCAGGCUCCUGUGACACAGACAGCGACGGAGCCAUUAUUUCCCUGACGGUGGAUGCGCCAUUAUCCCCCGCAGGACAGCAUCAGAUGGGUGUGGUGAGCACAAACCUCCAGUGGUGCCUGAAGCACUUAGUGGCUGAGCCGGCCGUGAAGCACCGAAAAGUGGUUUUAGGUGUCUUUCUCCUGGUUCUGGUCUUCUCUGCGGGCUGCUGCUGCCUCCUGAGGCCGGCCACCCACGCCCCCCUCCUGUUCCGACAGGAAACAAACCUUCAGACGCUGCUGGCUCUGCGCAGCAACCUGAGUGGUCAGGGCAUCUCCUGCCCCACCUGCUCAGGGGUGUUCAUGGAAAAACCACAUCUGCUGUACACGCAUACUUCCCCAUCAGGGUUGAGGUUUUCCACGCAUCAGCAAAGUCAAAGCACAACAGCUUCGACCGUCUCCAUGAAAACAAGCCCAAGCACCAACAACACAGACUCCUUGCUGACUGUGUACAUGUCGAAGCUGGCCCAAGGAGGCUCCACGACAAUCUACAGGUUCUCGCUCAACACCAGCAUCCCGUCGCCGUGGAAAGUGUGCAGCACGGAGCGUGACGAGGUGUCGUCGUUCCAGGCUUUCAGUCAUCCCCAGAAAAACUACACCAGCAGAAUGACGGUGUGCGUUUCCCGAGAGUAUCGCCCGUACCCGAGCUGGAUGAUCACGUCCGGCUUGUGCGAUCCCCGCCACGGCUGGACCCAGGAGUUUUCCUUCUACGUCGCAGCGUCUCCGCAGCAGAAUAGCAGGAGGCUGUAUUUUGCUCAGUGCCAUCAGAGACCUCAUCCCAGCAGGCUGUGUGUCAAAACACCUGGCUGUGGCUUCAGUUCCGGGCCUGACGGACCCUUAAAGGGAUCUUUUUAUACUCCCCUCCCCAGCGACUCCUCAUCCGCUGCCAAGACGAAAGCAUCCAAGACGUCUGGCUUCAACCCGUGCAGCGGCGGCGCUUGUGGUCGCCCAGCUGUGCGUCCUCUGGUCGACACCGGGGCCAUGGUUUUCGUCGUGUUCGGCAUCCUGGGAGUCAAUCGAAGCGAGAACAGGGAAAACCAUGUGAUUGGAGACAUGGGCAGCGUUAUCCUGGAUCCAGACUUUGAUAUUUUCAAGGAGAUGGGCCAUCUCUGCAAAAUCUGCAAAGCGGUUGGUGCAAACAGAAAACUGGUGAAGCCGGGAGGAGCUCAGUGUUUGCCUUCGGGCAACAAGCUCUCCUCUGUUCUUCCUCUGCUCCAUCCUGAGUGCCACUCCCUCCCCGAACCCAAUCUCCUCCCGGGCCAGCUCUCCCACGGCGCAGUGGGGAUGCACGGCGGCAAGGUCCGCUGGUUGUCCAUGGCCUUUGAAUCUACCACAUACAAGGGGAAAUCAUCCUUUCAGACCUACUCAGACUUCCUCCAGUGGGAGAACUUCAUCCAGGAGCAGCUUGCCAGUCUCCCACAGACUUCGGCUCUCCAACGUGGUUUCCAGACAUGCGAGCACUGGAAGCAGAUCUUCAUGGAAAUCAUAGGUGUGGAGAGUGCCCUCUGGAGUCUCCUGCUCUCUCUAGCGAUCUGUGUGGCCGCCGUGUCUGUGUUUACAGCGCAUCCCCUGCUGCUGCUGCCGGUGCUCAUAACAAUUAUAGGAGCCUUCAGCCGAGAGGCAGAGGCGAACUUUGGAGGCAGUGAACCAUGUGGGCGUUGCCAUAGUGUCCAGCGCCGUCACCACGGCAAUCUCCACCGUCCCUCUUUUCUUCUGCGUCAUUGUGCCUUUCGCCAAGUUCGGUCAGAUUGUGGCCAUCAACACGGCCGUCUCCAUUUUGUUCACCUUGUCUGUGACUUCUGCCUUGCUGGCCUGCAUGGCCCCGGCCCGCUUCAGCAGACACCCCAGCGCUGUGCUGAAGGCCAGCCUGGCCGUGACGGCAGCGGCGGCCUUGGUGGGGGCUCUGUGCUGGACGAGCCAGCAGCUGGGGGCAUCGGCCUGGCGGUCCCUCAGCACGUGAACACGCCGCUGUCCUCGGCUCACACUGAUGUCAGACAAGAGCAAUGUAUUUUCCUUUACCUUCAGGAGAAAUAUCAGAUCAGAUAAGUGAUCUUUAAAGCACAAAGAUGUCAACACUGUCUCAGUAAUCGAAAGCUAUUUGUUAUCCAAGAACAGAUUUAUUUUACUGGUAAUAGUCGGUGAGUUUGACAUAACGGGGGAACAAUCCUUCACCCGCUGAGUAUCUUCUUGUAACUACGUGACUCAGUUCUGUUCUGCCUGUGAGUUGACAUGAUGACUAGGUUAAGGUACUUUGCUUUUUUUUUUUUUUUUUUUCACUUUUACAACCACAUACUUCAGUGUAACUUAGUGGGAUUUUAUAUGACUGACCGACACAAAGUCGCACAUAAUUGUGCCGCGGAAGAAAAACUGCACAUGCUUUGCAAAUCUAAACCUGGUUAUGUCUCGUUCCGGUUAGAUGGAGAAGUAAAACAAAAAUAAUCUGAAAAUUACACACCGGUGAACUCUUAGUAAUUUGGCUGCUCUGUAUUCUGCUUAGAGGCAUUACGCAAAAUUAGGCUGACCCCUCCCCUUUGUAGGCCACACUAUUCGGGUUUGCAUUUAUAAAAAUAUUGAAAAACUACAUAUCCAGCUUCAGAAUCAUCUACUGCUUUGUAUUAAUCUACUAUAUAAAAUCCUAAUAAAGCACACUGGAGUGGUUUGUGUUUGUAACAAAGUGCGGGGAAGUUUUAAGAGGUUGGAUUAUUCUUUCAAGACACGAUGUUUUGUUCCGUUUUAUCUUCAGCUUUCAGUAAUUCCUGGAAAAUGUUCUUGCUUCACGUCGUCGAGUCGUAAAGAGUUUCCGACGGGUUUAACAACACGGCGUCUGACUGUAGUGCGUCAGGACUUUAUGGUGAAACAUCCUGAUUUUUGUUUGAUGCCGCGUCUUCUCUCGGAAAGCUUUUACUACGUCCAUCUGCAGCUGGACGAACAGAUGUAUUAACAGAGUUUAUACUGUUUGGUUAAACGUAUUGUGUGAUGUAAAUGUUGUUCUGAACUAAGCUUUUGGAAGCUGCUAGCACACCCGUGCUUGUGAAUACUGUUGCGUUAUUUUUAUGUCAUCAGAUCUUUAACUGCUUUAAGGUUUUUGUAACAAAACAAAAAAAAACAAAUGGAAAGAAUCCUCUCUUCCCAUCCUCAGGUGUACACUCCAUCACAUUUUAAAAGCACUUGGUGUAACAGUCUCCUGUCCUCGCAGCAAAGAGCACCACUCGUACACCAAUCAGCUGCAGCAACGCGCUGCCCUGCAGUGAAGGUGAGGACCAUUUGUCAAACCAUAUAACACAAUAAUGGCGAGGGAGAGGAACCCACUCAGUCAUGGCAAGAGUGGUACGUUUCUGGGUUUUCUUUUUGUGUGUGUGUUACACUUGUGAAUGUCAAAUAAAGCAGGUGCAGAAAGCCA